AUGGCUACUUAUUAUUCUUAUGUCUUAUCUCUAUUGGUUUUAUUACUAAUUACACAUUGGACUAAGACUGCUAGUCUUCAUGUGCCAUUAUAUUCAUUUCAAAAUAAAACUUUCGACCAUCGAAAUUCUCCAAUUAUCAAUAGCGAAUAUUCAAAGUCGAAAUCUAUAAAUGCUCAAUUACCUUUGAUAAAACGGCACAAGCGUUGGAAAAAAAAUACAGAUAAUGAUGAGCUUGAAAUUGCAAUCGAUAAAUUAUUUAUACCUGUAAAUAAUUCUAUUGAUAUAUCUUCAUCAAAUUCAUUUCAGUUCAAUAUGACAACAUUUGAAGUAUAUUCAGAUGAAAAUACAACUAUGAACUAUUCAUUAUUAAGACAAAAUUCGACAGAGAUAAAUCAAACAGAUGAUCAUAUUUCAAUGUCAAUUAUUGAAAAUGUCCUACAAGAUAAUAAAACAGAUACUAAUGAUACAAUUUUUUCACCAAAAAUGUUCAAUGAACUUAUUUACAUUGAUUCAAUAGAUUCAAAAACAUUUAUAACAAAUAUUACUGAUAUUUAUCAAAUAAUUACUAAUGAUAAAAACGAAUCCAUAACUGAUGAAAUCAAUAAUUUACCUAAUGAAUUUCAAUCGUCAUCACUUCCAAUUAUUUUCAAUCAAACCAUCGAUGAAGUUGAAUCAACUACUGCUAGUAUUCAUUUAGAUUACACUACAAUAUCUUAUACUACAACCGAUAAUAAUCAAACAUACGAAUGGGGUUUAUUAUUUAAUGAUAAAACCGAAACAAUUCCGUCUAAUGAUUCUUCUACAAUCGCAACAAAUAAUGAAUUUACAAUCAACUCAAAUAUAAUUGAUCAAGAUAUGAAUAUAAAUAAUACAAAUAUAAUUAUUGAUGAUAUUAAUCAAAAUUUUAAUGAAACUUCUUUUUUAUCAUUAAAAUCAAUAAACAUGUCCAUAUGUGAUCGUUCAUGUCAAUGUAUAAAACAAUGUCCAUAUGGUUUUGAAAUUCUUAAUGAUACAUGUCGAUGUAAUCCACCAUGUAAAAAUUAUCAAUGUUUCGGUAAUGAUACAUGUAUUAUAACAGAUAAAGGACAACCUUUGUGUCAAUCAGAAAAUGGCAUCGAACAUGAUCGUCCAACUCGUUGUUAUCAACCACGAGAUGCUGGAUAUCAUGAUAUUAAUAUUCAAUAUCAUAAUCGUUGGUAUUAUAAUCCUGAUCAAGAUACUUGUCAUUUAUUUAUUUAUCGUGGUUUGGGUGGAAAUGAAAAUAAUUUUCAAACAUUACAUGAAUGUCAUUUAGAAUGUAUAAUAUGUGCUCCAUUGCCGAAUCCAGGUGAAUGUUUAGGUCAUGUUGAUAUGUGGUAUUAUGAUAAUAAAAAAAAUGAAUGUAAUCAAUUUGAAUAUUCAGGUUGUAGAGGUAAUCAAAAUCAAUUUUUAAAAAAAGAACAUUGUAUUGAUAUAUGUAUUAAUCGUAUACGUAUGCUAAAAUAA